AUGAAGAAAUUUUAUAACCUUAUUCUAACGAUAUAUACUUCCAUUAUUGCUAUAUACGCAUAUACAGAUCCAUCAGUAAUAAAUCCACAAUUACUGAAAAGAUUUGAAUAUAAAUUAUCAUUUAAAGGACCACAUCUUGCUUUUAAAGAUGGAACAGUUCCAUUUUGGACAUUUGGCGGAAGUGCUAUUGCUAGUGAUGAUCAAGUCCGUGUUACGCCAUCCAUUCGAAGUCAAAAAGGUUGGAUUUGGACUAAGAAUACUAUGACUUCUGAUAACUGGCUGCUCGAUGUUAAAUUACGUGUAAAUGGUCGAGGUCGUAUUGGUGCUGAUGGACUGGCUAUUUGGUUUACCGAAAAACCAGGUGUUGAGGGUCCUGUAUUUGGUUCGAAUGAUUUUUGGAAUGGUCUAGGUGUUUUUCUCGAUUCAUUCGACAACGAUGCAUUGCAAAACAAUCCAAUAAUAGCUGUUAUGGUUAAUGAUGGUACAAAAACAUACGAUCAUCCACAUGAUGGUACUGGCCAAAUUCAAGGAAGUUGUAUUCGAGAUUUUCGUAAUAAACCAUUUGCAAUUCAACUUAAAAUUGAAUACAUCAAUCAAGGAUUAGCAAUUUAUGUUAACAAUGGUAUAUCACAAGAUGAUAAUGCAUUUGAAUUUUGUACACGUAUUGAUGGUGUAAAAUUACCGAAAACUGGUUAUCUUGGUGUAUCAGCUGAAACAGGUGGUCUUGCUGAUGAUCAUGAUGUAUUAGAAUUUUUAACUAAUACAUAUUCGGAUAAACAAGCAACAGCACAAAAUCAGGCAGCAACAGAUGAACAAGCAAAAAAAUAUAAAGAAGAAUAUGAAAAUUAUGAACGAGACCUUAAAAAACAACAAGAUGAUUAUCAAAAAGAACAUCCUGAUUUAACAACCCCAUACAGUGAAAAAGCAUUAUUUGAAAGUGAAUAUGAUCGUGAAUUUCGUACAAUAUUAGAAGGUCAAGACCAAAUUCGUUUAUCAUUAACAAGCAUUGAUAGAAAAAUGAUUGAAUUAUUGGGACGCGUUGAACGAAUAUCAUCGACAACUGGUGAACAACAACAGAUUACUGGAAAAGAUGCAACAGGCAUACCAGCUGAUGUAGCUCGAAUUCAAGAUAUAAAUCGAGUGAUCAAUGCUAAUAAUGAUAUGUCAAGAACUGUGCAAAGUUUUGCGCAAGUAUUAACAGAUUUACAGCAAAAACUAAAUAAUCUACAAGUAAACAUUAAUAAUAAUCAAAGACCAAUUGGUGCAGGACAACAAGUAGUUACGUCAAAUGUAGACGGAACAGUAGUUAAUGAGAUUCGAGAAAUAGUGAAAAUGAUUAAAUCGGAAACAAAUACAUUAGUACAAAAAUCACUGAAUCCAAUGAAAUGUCCAACAGUAACUGCUGCGAAUGAUAGUUCAUGUGUCGGUACAUUUACAUUUAUGUGUGCCAUUGUUUUACAAAUUAUUAUUCUUAUUGGUUUUUUUGCAUACAAAAACCGCCAAGAGCGUAUAUCCCGAAAAUAUCUAUGA